AUGAACGAUACUUGGAGGUCUCGAUUAAAGGAGAUUCUGCAUAUCACUGCAGACCCAUUCUUGCGGGACUUUCACAAACUACACACCAACGACAAAGAACAAAUCUACAGCAUUCUCCACAACCCCGACAAUGUUGUUGAACAGACAUUCAAAAACACAAUCAUCAAGUCCAUGGAAGAGUCGAUGUUCCGGCCAUUAAUACCUACACAGCAAAUGAAACGAAGACAAAACGACCACCACAACCAAGGUCCACCCCCAAAAGUCCAGAAAUCUACGGUCGACUCCCUAAAAUCACAACAUCAAAUAGAUCAACAAAACCUCGACUGGUUUCUCAGCCAACCACUAGAAGACUUGGAGGUUAUGACAGUGCCAGAGCAGUACCCAUUGACCGUACCCGCAGUCUUGCCCCUUGCCGAGCUUUAUUACCUCACCCAAACACUUGCACUGAUCAAACUCCUCCCAGGAAGCCACAAAGUGUUGAUGACAGAAAACUUUGAACUGGCAUUGGCAGAAGGGAAAAUUGCCGUGCUCUACUCCCGCAUCGAGGAACUCAAACGACAAGGAAAAUGGUCAUUGAGACAGCCACAAAAGUUCUACGACCCAUUCAAGUUUAUCCGCAAAUCGAAAAAGAAAUCGUUUCAUUGGGACUACCUCCUCCAAGAAGGGAAAUGGAUGGCAGAUGAUUUUAGAGAAUCCCUGAAAUACAAAAAAUGGUGUUGCGUGGUCAUUGCCGAGGCAGUAGAACAGUACUGGAAAGGUAGAAAAGUGUCCCACCAGACAUUUGUCGAUGUGGCAGACUUGAAAAAGAUCGACAAGUCAAUCAUACGCAACCUCCCUGUGUACACCGGACUUGGCGGCGACUCCAGAGAACCACCGAUCGCUACAGUCUCAAAACUAGUCUACCCUGCCGAAGACAACCACUGGUAUAAGAUAGCCCUCAAGCCACACCACCACCACCACCGCCACCAAACCACCCACCAAGGCUUGUUUGGUCUGACCCGCAAAUACAACACCCUAAAACCACCAAAACCACCAACCCCCAAAAACAUCGAGUACCGUAUCCCCACUAUUUGGCUACCAGAAGACGACAAGCGGUUGAUCCAUUAUGUUGCCGAGUUCUGUUUCAAUUGGGACCUCAUUUCCGAACACAUCCUGUCGAGCUCUACAGCAGUAAGCCUCAAAAAGUACGAGUCAAACAUCGAAAGACGAACUCCGUGGCAGUGUUUCGAGCGGUACAUCCAACUAAACGACAAGUUCCAGUUUUCCGACAUGAAAGGGGUAUACGCAUACCACGCCCAGCAAUGGCUAGAACAGGCACACAGAGCUCAACUGACAACCAAACGCAGAAUCUCACCAUUGGGGGUGGGCCCAGAAUCCGUGCAAAGAGGUAAUAGAAAGUUACGCUGGGCAUCAAUGUUUGAUGCAAUGAGAAAGGCUAUGAAGAAACGGGAGAUCGCCGCUGCAAAAGUAAACCACCGCAAAUCAACAGCAGAACUACAAGCCAACCAAAAUGUAACUGAACCCAAACCCAACAGCGACAGAAUUCCUACCCCUGCAGAGCUUUCAAGACUCAAAUUCGAAAGAGACAAAACACUACAUGAAAACCAUAUCAACCAGCAAGCUACAAGAGCACGCAUGGUGCAGGCAGUGGCUAAACCAGCACCAGCACCAGCACCAGCACCACCGCCACCACCACCACCAAAACCCGUGAAAAGACCUACAACACCUAACGGCACACCCCUAACCAACGAGCAAAUCCAGCAUUUACUACAAAUGCAAAAACAUAGAAGAAUGUUGCAACAACAACAACAACAACAACAGCAGCAGCAACAUCAGCAGCAACAACGCAGAAUCCAUUUCCCGCCAGCCCAGGUCUCUAAAGUCAUCAACGACAUCCAACAGCAAAAUCCAGGGUUAUCAAAAGACCAAGUAACUAAACUUGCAGCUCAGUACCUCGCCAGUUUGCUGCAACAGGGGUACGGCGUACCUUCCUCGCCAGUGCCACCACACCAAAAAAACCAAACUGCAUCGCCCAUGUCAGGGUCGCCAAACAACGCGUAA